GAGGAGAAAAUUAUAUUAUUAUAUUACUAUUAUUAAGCAGAAUUGAAAUGUGUUGAUGCACAUAAAAAGUUAGAGAGCCUUAGAUCUGUGAUUUAAACCUUUUCAUUAAACUCUGUCAGUUAUAACUAACAUGAAACAUAUUGAUGAUGCGUUAAAUGACAUUAUACAGUUGCUUAUUUUACUCAUUAAUAACUCCCAAACAAAACUCUCUAUGAAUUGAAUUUCUGAAUUAAUCUAUAUUGCUCAAUGAUAACAAACUGCUUAAAUUCAGUUGUAUCUUAAAAUGAGCAUCUGUGUGGUUCGACAAGAGGCAAAUAUGACUCAGAUUCCUGGCUGCUAGCUCAGCUGCUACAGUGCCAAACGGCCAGGCUUUAGAAGGUGAGAAGUAUACACUCAGACCACCAGUAAUGGAAAAUGUUUACUGAGGAUGUAUGAGCAAUAUCACAAGGGAAAAAUUCCGAAUUGAAGUAGAUCUACUAAAUAGUAUCAGUGGUGGAAAGUAGAGGUACUCAUGUACGAUACUUUACAGCUUUGAGGUAGACCUACUAGCACUUUGAGUAGGCUAACCUAUUUAUAUUUAUAUUUUUAAAGCAAAACAUUACACUCUAAAAUAUGAUGUAUUUUUAUAGAUUGAACUACCCUAAUCUCCCUGAGAUGUAGCAGAGUGAAAAUACAAACACACAAAAGUUGACUUUUAUUAGUCCACAGUUUGAUCAUAUGUAAAAUCUUUAAUAAAACUAAAUAUAAUGACUAAAUGUUGUGUCUGGGUCUUUUGUUUAAUGUUGUGUCCGUUUAGCUGAUGAUAAUCAUUAAGUGAAGUCAAAAUUUAGCCAAACAAGACAUUUUAACUGUAAAGACUGUACAGUACCUGUCGUCAUGACAACAGAGGGACAGGAAGGAACGCCCGCGCAAAAGAGCGCACGUGAAGGUGAGCUCUCUGGGAAACUGACAAGCACUGUUACAGAUUUGAUCAACUCUUUAUAAUUAUACGUCGGACUUUACCAACGAUACUUAAGCUUUCCAAUAAAAAGUCCCAACCCCUCCUAAUUAACUGGUCAUGGCAGCACUGGAAAGUCUGAGAGGAGGAGGAGGGUUGGGUUUUGGUCUCCCUGGCAUAAAUGGAGUUGUAGAAGAGGAGGAAGAGCCACCUGCGGUUUUACUGAGUGUUUUAGCCCAGCAUGGACAGGUCGGCCUCUGCUUCUAUGACAGUAAGGACUCCUCUUUACAUUACAUGAUAGACACUCCUGACAACUACAAGCUCCAGCUGCUGGCCAGAGGUAAACAAUAUACAGCAUGUUACGCAAUCCCAGUCACAAUCUCUUCCCCAAUCAUCCAGGAGGUUAGUCCCCAUGUAAUAAUUACCAGUGCAAAGCAGGAGCGCUGCAUGAUACACUUCCUACAACAACUUGGUUCAAACCCAGACUACAAACCAGAGGUGGUUACUUAUCCAUAUGUUGACUUUGGUCUGGAGGUCAGUAAGCAGAGGCUACUUUCUGCCCAUCUGCCUUUCCUUCCUGCCUCCAUUUCAGAGAGAGACAAAGUGUCCUACCUCUCCUCCUGUAUCUCCUUUGACUCGCCCCUGAUGCUGAGGGCAGUGGGCGCUUUGCUGAAAUGUCUGGACAGGAGGAGAGUGGGAGUAGAGCUGGAAGACAGCAGUGUUGGAGUUCCUAUUCUACAGUUCCACGCCUACACACUUAAAGGCAUUGUUUGCAUUGACCGAGACACCUACAGUGUACUGCAGAUCUUCAAAUCAGAACUUCAUCCAUCAGUGUACAAGCUGCAUUCAGGUGAAAAGGAAGGACUCAGUCUUUAUGGAAUACUGAACCGCUGCAGGUGCAAGUUUGGCUCCAAACUGCUACGUCAGUGGUUUCUGCGGCCAAUGCAGGACCUGGCCGUGUUACACAGGAGACAGGAAGUGAUACGUUUCUUCACAUCACCGCGGAACUCUGACGCCUUGAACACCCUGCAGUCCUCGCUACGCAACAUCAGUAACAUACCAACUCUUCUGCGCAGGAUGUCUCUCUCUCACACCAAAGUGACCGACUGGCAGAGUCUCUACAAGACAGUGUACAGUGCAGUGUGUAUUAGGGACACGGUGCGACACCUGCCUCAGUCCAUUCAGCUCUUUCGUGAUAUCAGUGAAGAGUUGUCUGACGACCUCCACCAUAUUGCCUCUCUCAUCAGCCGAGUUGUGGAUUUUGAAACAAGCAUAGCUGAAAACCGCUUUACCAUCAAACCAAACGUGGACCCAGCAAUUGAUGAGAAGAAGAGGAGGAUGAUGGGGUUGUCCGACUUCCUGACAGAUGUAGCCAGAAGAGAGCUGGAACACCUGGACGCUCGCAUCCCCUCCUGCUGCGUCAUCUACAUCCCUCUGAUUGGAUUCCUGCUCUCUGUCCCUCGCCUGCCCAGCAUGGUGGAGAAAGAGGAUUUUGAGAUAGAGGGGCUUGAUUUUAUGUUUCUCUCAGAGGACCGUCUGCACUACCGUAGCCAGAGAACCAAAGAGCUAGAUGACCUCCUAGGAGACUUACACUGUGACAUUAGAGACAUGGAGACGGCAGUAAUGACACAGUUGCAGAGCACAAUCCUUGAGAGGAGCGGCUCCCUCUACAAGGUUCUGGAUCUCACUGCUGAGCUGGACUGUCUGAUGGCUAUGAGCAGCGCCUCCCAAGAGUACGGCUACACCUCACCCAAACUAGCCAGCCACAGGACGAUAACAGUCACACAGGGCAGACACCCGCUGUUAGAGCUGUGCUCUCCCGUGUUUGUCGCCAACUCCUUCCAGAGCUCAGAGUCGCAGGGCAGAGUCAAGAUCAUCACUGGCCCAAACUCAUCUGGCAAGAGCAUCUACCUCAAACAGGUGGGUCUGAUUGUGUUCAUGGCUCUGAUUGGCUCAGACGUGCCUGCAAAGGAGGCAGAGAUCGGUCUGGUGGAUGGGAUCUUUACCCGCAUGCAGAGCAGAGAGUCUGUGUCUGUGGGCCUCAGCACCUUCAUGAUAGACCUCAACCAGAUGGCCCAGGCCCUCAACAGCAGUACCGGCAACUCAUUAGUUCUCAUCGAUGAAUUUGGAAAAGGAACUAACACAGUGGACGGACUGUCCCUGCUGGCUGCAUCGAUCUCUCAUUGGUUGAGAAAAGCUCCGUUGGAUGUUCCUCACGUCCUGUUGGCUACUAACUUCCACAGUUUACUGCAGCUGGGCCUGCUACCCUCCUCUGGCCUGCUGUCUCUCCUGACUCUAGAGACAGCAGUGGACGGGGAUGAGUUGGUGUUUCUGUACCAACUGAAGGAAGGAAUCUGCCAGUCCAGCUAUGCUGCCAACAUCGCUACAUUGGCAGGCUUGCCAACUAGCCUUGUACAGAGAGGAGUGGAGGUGUCUGAACUGUACAGAACAGGAAGACCUAUCAAACGCAUUGACAAAGCAUCAUCAGAUGAGCAAGCAAACAGGUGCAGGUCUGUGGUGAAGAAGUUCCUGAGCCUCGACCUGGAGGACAAAGACUUGGACCUUCAGCACUUCAUGAAAGAGGAGCUCGUGCCCUCUGCUGGGGAGCUGCUGAACCGCAGCUGAACUGUU